AUGUCAUCCACUGCGCCCAUUUCGAGCUUUGCCCCAGCGCGUCCGGUCGAUCACGCCAGUGACCCUGGCCCAUCUUCUGCAGUGAAGGGGAAGGGGAAGGUGAAAGAAGCUGCUUUGUUUGGGGCGACGGUUGGGUCGGCUGUUGACUCGGAAACGAUGCAGAUGAAUCGCUCUCGCAAGUAUCACUCUAUCGAGAGCUAUCCUGGCAAGUUCCCUGUUAGCGAUGCUCUAGAUUAUAGUUCGCUUGCGAGCGCGUUCGCAGUCCGUGGAAGGGGAACUACCUCUGUGCGGCCGUUCUCGGACUACUAG